GUGGGGAUUCGAACCUUGGUCUUCCAGAGUCCUGUUCCAAGGCUCAAACCGCAACGCCAUGCUUUUUCUUCAAUAUGUCUUUAACCAGUGGGACAGAUAUCCUCUUGUUUCAAAAACCAGUGGAGACAUGAGAUUGCGGAUCAAGUUAAGAAAGGCGGUGGAAUGAAUCUUUAUUUCAGCAGUGGGUAAAAAGGUGCAUCUUUUGGCAACGAUCCUUGGGCAGAUCUUAGAAAAGUUACUUGGGGGGGGGGACUAUAACUUACACAGUCACUACUAUCCCAGCAUAGUCAAUGGCUAUGCUGGCAAGGGGAUUCUGGAAGAAGAAGUUAAAUGGUGUUUUCCCAAGUUUAGGGCUUUGGUUUACUUAUUGCAGUCUGUAAGCAGUUCCAGACUUUUGGUUCUCCCAGUUUGUGAUUUAUGUGUUCUUCCUCAUUGACAGCUUUUGCCAUCUUGACUACAAUCUGAUGUUGCUCAGCCACAGGUGUCCUGGUAUUUAUCCAUGAAAUGUCGAAGGAAAGAAGAUGUUUGGGAAUAUUCCCUUUUCCCUUUCUUGAAGUCACACUGGGACAAAGAGCAUGGAUCCGUUGUAUUUCUCCACCCUUUUUCUGCAUGAUGGCAAUGUCUCCUUGUCGGCAAAUGUGACAGAUAAUGAAACCCUCGCAGGUUUCCCUGCUUCUUCUGACAUCCGUUCCAGCUACAUCCCGAUCAUAUACCUCCUGGUUUGUGCCAUCGGACUUAGCGGGAAUACCUUGGUCAUUUACGUGGUUCUGCGUUAUGCCAAGAUGAAGACAGUGACCAACAUUUACAUUUUAAAUUUAGCCAUCGCUGAUGUUCUUUUCAUGCUUGGUUUACCAUUCCUGGCUGUCCAGUAUGCCAUCUCCUAUUGGUCUUUUGGGACCUUUAUGUGUAGGCUAGUUACAGCUGUCGAUGGCAUCAACCAGUUCACCAGCAUCUUUUGCUUAACUGUCAUGAGUCUAGACCGCUAUCUUGCCGUCGUCCAUCCCAUCAAGUCGACCAAAUGGCGCCGGCCGAGGGUAGCCAAAUUGACCAGCCUGGCAGUAUGGACUUUCUCCUUCUUGGUGGUCCUCCCUAUGAUCAUCUUUGCUGAUGUCCAGGAGCCCUAUCUUACCUGCAACAUGUCUUGGCCCGACCCAAUUGAGAUAUGGUCUGCUGUAUUCAUCAUUUACAUGUCCGUUUUGGGGUUCUUCGGACCUCUGCUGGUGAUCUGUCUCUGCUACUUACUCAUCGUCAUCAAAGUCAAGUCAUCUGGGAUCCGAGUUGGAUCCACAAGGCGUCGGCGGUCUGAAAGGAAAGUGACCCGGAUGGUGGUCAUCAUCGUCGUCGUGUUUGUCUUGUGUUGGCUUCCCUUCUACAUUGUGAACAUUGUCAAUUUGAUAUUCAUCUUACCGGAGGAGCCAAUGGGGGUGGGGGUUUUCUCCUUCGUGGUGAUCCUUUCUUAUGCCAACAGCUGUGCCAACCCCAUACUCUAUGCCUUCCUUUCUGAAAACUUCAAGCAGAGCUUUCAGAAGGUCUUGUGUCUCCACGCAGGCAACGGCAUUGAAGAUGGAGACCCAACCGAACAGCGGCAGGAGAAGAGCAGUCGCUUGCAGGACGGCAUGCUUCCACAGAGAAGCGUCGAAUCCAAUGGGCACAUGCAGACUAGUAAGGUGUAGACAGGGCCCAUGACCUGCCAGAGAACAUUUCCUUGAUGGAAAGACAUGGUAACAGCAAACCCCACCAAUGCACCUGUGAUGAAAAGGAUAUCCACCAAUCCUCAGUGUACAAAACGUUGACGUUUCCCCCCUCCCUGGUUAAAGAUGUUGUAAUUCAGUCAUUCUUGGUUCUGUGAAAAGCUUCAGAGAAAAAAGAAACAUGUUGUACAGACAGACUAUUGCUUCUUCUUUCAUGAGCGGUCACUGUUUAAACUCAUCCCAAGCUUUCUGUUCAGAAAGUAGGACUAUGGGACAAGUGGGUGAUGGCUGCUUCUUCUUCCCCAUAUGAUAUGGACACUGGAUGGCUCUUGAGGACAUCUCUUAAAGCCAGACAAUGUCCAGGAUGGGGACGAUGCACCAGGGACCUCCAACUGCCUUUGUACAUUUGGGGAAGGAGAAGAAGUCAUCAUCCCUGGAGCACCAACGUAGUUAUACUGCUGCAAAACCAUGCUUUACCACUGGUUGUUAUUGGAUCUGAGCCCAGCUGGCUCCUCAAGCUCUGGACUCUUGGAAGAGGACCCUUGGUGAUAUAGAUAGGGCCCGCAUAGAAAGCAUCUCACCUCGGGGCUGCUUCCAACAUGCUCAGGGUCAUCCCAAGAGAAUGGACUUCUGAGCAAAUGAAGCAAUUGACAAUCCCUACCCCACUUGCUCAAGUCAAUGAACAUAACUACUGUGCUUUCAACUUGUUCCUGACUUAUGGUGACCCUAAAUUAAACCUAUCACAGGGUUUUCUUGUCAGUUUCUUCAGACUGAGUUUGCCAUUGCCUUCUUCUGAGGCAGAGAGAAUAUGAUCCAUCCAAAGUCACUCAAUGGGUUUCCCUGGCCAAGUAGUGAUUCAAACCCUGGCCUCCAGAGUCAUAGUCCAAAAUCCAAAUCACUGCACCAUAAUACCCAAAGCCAAUGUCCCGGAGCAGCAUUUGGUUGUUCUCCUGGCCUUUGAGGCUGUUUGGGGUCAAAGAUAAUCCCCUCCCAGUCUUAUUUUUUAAAUGUAGGGGCACAGGGAUGUUAGGGAGAUCUUGAGAAAACCUGGAGACAACAAAGAGCCUCUAUUUGCCUGACCCUUUGCAUUUUUGAAUUAUAUUUCUAAAUUCUCAUCUGCAGUUUUACGUUAACUGCAAUGCUACAGAUUUGAGGACUAAAGGAAAAUUUCAUGGGGGGGGGACAUUAUUUAUGGGGGCAAUGCCUUCAUUACACCUUCCUGCAUAUCCAUUUCUUGUACCAAGAAUCAAGUACUAGAGAAGAGUCAAUUUUACUUGGAAAACGUGGAGAAGAAGAUCCAAACUGCAACCUCCAUAUUUGAGUAAUACAUAUAUCAGACCAACAACAAUUCAAAUAAAAAAAAUCCCACACAUUA